AUGACCCGCCCCGAGGCCCGGAGGAUCCCGUACAGCAUCAGCAAAAGGCACUGGUGCCAUCACACGGUGACAAGGACAGUCUCCUGCCAGGUGCAGAACGGCUCCGAGACGGUGGUCCAGCGAGUCUACCAGAGCUGCCGGUGGCCUGGGCCCUGUGCCAACCUCGUGAGGACUCUCAUCAGACCGACCUACCGGGUCUCCUACCGCACCGUGACUGCGCUGGAGUGGAGGUGUUGCCCGGGAUUUACUGGGAGCAACUGCGAUGAAGAAUGUAUGAAUUGUACCCGACUUAGCGACAUGAGUGAGCGCCUGACCACGCUGGAGGCCAAGGUCCUCUUGCUGGAGGCAGCAGAGCAACCUUCAGGCCCAGACAAUGACCUGCCACCCCCGCAGAGCACCCCAUCAACCUGGAAUGAGGACUUCCUGCCGGAUGCCAUUCCCAUUGCCCACCCCGGGCCCCGAAGGAGAAGACCCACAGGUCCAGCUGGACCUCCAGGACAGAUGGGACCACCAGGGCCUGCCGGGCCCCCGGGUUCCAAAGGUGACCGGGGCCAGACAGGAGAGAAGGGCCCAGUGGGACCUCCAGGUCUCUUGGGGCCACCGGGGCCACGCGGGCUUCCUGGAGAGAUGGGGCGCCCUGGUCCACCAGGCCCUCCUGGCCCAGCAGGCAGUCCCAGCCUCUUGCCAAGCAGUCCCCAAGGCGUCCUCUAUUCCCUGCAGCCACCCACAGACAAGGAGAAUGGAGACACCCAGCUGAACCCUGCUGUUGUUGACACGGUGCUGACUGGGGUCCCAGGUCCCCGAGGUCCCCCUGGUCCCCCUGGUCCCCCAGGACCACAUGGUCCCCCAGGACCUCCAGGAGCACCUGGAUCCCAGGGACUGGUGGAUGGGCAGGUUGUGGCAAGGCCAUCUGGUGAGGCCAGUGUGAAGGAAGGAGAAGAGGACAAAGCCACCACUGCAGAGGGGGAGGGUGUUCAGCAGCUUCGAGAGGCCCUGAAGAUCCUGGCAGAGAGGGUCCUCAUCCUGGAACACAUGAUUGGGGUCCACGAUCCCCUGGCCUCCCCUGAGGGAGGCUCUGGGCAGGACGCCCUCAGAGCCAACCUCAAGAUGAAGCGGGGAGGCCCUCAACCUGAUGGCGUCCUGGCUGCCCUGCUGGGCCCGGACCCUGCACAGAAGAGCGCAGACCAGGCUGGCGACGGGAAGUAAGAGCAAGCCCAGCCCUGGGGCUCAAUCACUGCUGCAUCCUGAAGACGCCCCGUGCGGGACUGGGCAUCGGGCAGGGACGAUCGUGAAAGACAUUGGGAGCCCGGGGUCCUGGGGGACAGAUGGUGCCUCGAAGGGGCAAAGCCCAGUGCAGACUAGCACCCCAACAGAGCCCUUCUUUUGCCCCUGCCCCCCACCUCCCACUCCCGGCUGGGGACCGGGUCUGGGUGGGCUGGAUGGCAGGUAGGAGAAUAACCAGAGUUCUCGAUGGCUGAGCCCCUGCUCCAUCAGGGGCCAGGGCCAGCUAGGGUGAUUUCCCUAUAUUGUCUCAUUUAACCCUUAAAAGGUAGGUCUGUGAUCCCCACUCAGCCUGGGGACCGAGGUGUGGAGAGUACACAUGACCCAGA